AUGUUGUGGAAAAGCAGCGACAUCGAGAGUUUAGACUACGAUCUGUUCGAGAGUGUCGUGAACAAGUUUGGCAUGGGCUACAAGUACCGCAAUGGACAGGAGAAGAACCGGUUGAUCUACGCGCGCUGGUUCCUCACGCUCGCGACGGGCGUCAUCACGGCCCUCGUUGCAGUCUUUCUGCUCUACUUUACGACGCUGCUCACGUCCGUUAAGCAUCACCUGAUUGAGUCCACGAUCCGCCACGAGGUGACCAAGCACGUGCUGUUUGGCACGACGUUCUGGAGUUUCGUAGCAUUUAAUCUUGGGCUGGUGGCACUUGCGGCAACGGUCACGUCUUUUGGGGAACCAGUAGCUGCUGGAUCAGGUAUUUCUGAAGUCAAGACGACGCUGAAUGGAAUGAAGAUCCCGUCCAUGUUACGGCUACGCACGUUCUUUUGCAAGAUCAUUGGAACAGUGUGCUCGGUCGCUGGCGGUUUGCCCGUAGGAAAAGAAGGACCGAUGAUCCAUAGCGGUGCCAUCGUUGCAGCUGGGCUUUCCCAAGGCAAGUCGUCGACGCUAGGCUAUGAUACGAGCUUUUCCUAUUUUGGAGGAUUCCGGAAUGACCGAGAAAAACGAGACUUUGUAGCUUGCGGUGCCGCAGCUGGUGUCGCUUCGGCGUUUGGAGCGCCCAUUGGUGGAGUUCUGUUCGUCUUGGAGGAAGGUGCAUCGUUCUGGAAUCAGACACUCACGUGGAGGACGUUGUUCUGCGCGAUGUCGGCAACGUUCACACUGGCUUUUUUUCUCUCCGGCAUGAAUGAUAACCUGUCAUGGGGCACGCUUGGCAGUCAUACAGGAAGCUUCAGCUUCGGGCCGUUCACAUCCAGCACGUACCAGAUAUGGGAGGUUCCGCUGUUUGUGAUGAUGGGCAUUGGUGGUGGACUGCAAGGCGCGUUGUUCAACGGUCUCAACACGCGUCUCGCGAGAAUACGGUCUCGGUGGGUGCGAACGAGUCGUGUCGCUUGGCUAGAGGCACUGCUCUUUUCGGUGCUGAUCUCAUCACUUUCGUUUUCUACACCCUUCCUGCUUGGUAAAUGCCGCGUUCUUCCACAAGCACGUGAGGAUGUCGUUCAUCUUGCAGACGCAGCAAGUGCGGCCGUGGCACCCAACAAAGCGUUCGUCUUUGGAAUGGAAAUGCUGAAGAAGAAUGGCUCAGCUUGUAUUUGUGAGAGCUGCGCAGGCGUGUCGAUGGAAGGCGCAGAGUGUUUCCAAACGGACGAGACCGUGCAGUAUCCAUACAAGAAAGAGUUGCUGCGCUUUUACUGCCCAGAAGGCCAGUACAAUGAUUUGGCGUCGCUGAUGCUAACGGGAGGGGAAACAGCUAUCAAGCACUUGUUCCACGCUCCACCAGACUCUUUUGACGUACGCAACCUCGUAGUGUUUUGGCUCAUGAUGCUUUUGCUGGCCUGCUUGACCUACGGUCUUAGGAUACCAAGUGGCCUGUUUGUGCCGGCGCUGCUUGUCGGCGCAGCCUAUGGACGAUUGUGGACUCGAGUAAUCAAUUACUUCACGGGGUUACAGCAGAUGAAGACCGUUGAUCCACGGACGUAUGGACUCGUGGGAAGCCUGGCAAUGCUCGGUGGGGUCACUCGUAUGACCAUCUCGCUCACGGUCAUCAUGCUCGAGUGCACGGGCAAUAUCGAGUUUGGUCUACCACUCAUUCUCACAUCCUUCUUUGCUCGCUGGGUGGGGAACUACUUCAACGAGGGCAUUUACGACAUCUAUAUCCACCUGCGUCACGUGCCGUUCCUGGACUGGAAUCCGCCAUCACGCGGUGCUUUUCUACGUGUCAAGCACACGAUGACUCCCAAUCCCAAGACACUACGCACCGUCGAGCGUGCAGGUGUCAUUUUCGAUCUGCUCACAAGCACGAAGCACAACGCGUUCCCCGUCAUCGUAGAGGACCCGACCUUUGGCAGCCACUUCUUCGCCGGUGUGAUCUUGCGAAAGCAGCUGAAUGUGCUACUGAGCUAUCAUGACUUCAGCGUCAACAAGCCCAGGCCAUUCCAUCGUCAGCCACACCCUGCUUCUUACCGACCCGACGUGACAUCAACCGGAAAUUCUCGCCGCAGUCGGCCAAGGGAUUUGGAAGCAAAUGGCACGCCCCGAGUGGACGAUAAGCUGCUGGAAUCGCCUCUUGCUAGCAACUACUGCUUGUCGUACCACGACAUGGAGGCUCAUUAUCCUCGGUACCCGAUCCCAGCUCCAACGCAGCGGAAUUUCCAAGCAGCAGCUCAUGCCGGUCGAAUAGCUGGUGACGAACUGUAUACUCUGUCCGAGGAAGACCGAGCGUCGUGGGUGGACCUGACACCUUACAUGAACCAGACGCCGUACUUGAUCCAGGAAGAAGCGCCUUUCGUGCGCGCUUACCGUCUCUUCCGAAGUGCUGGUCUUCGGCAUCUCGUUGUUGUCGAUCGUCAUAAUAACGUACGCGGUAUCAUGACCCGGCGUGAGCUCGAGGACGAGCAUUGCACCCGUUGCUUCCGUCUGGCGAAAACCAUCGACCCGGACGACGUGUAUCCGCUCUCGGGGGCACCUCCAAUUGGGUUUCUCCGCAAGUUGCGGCACAAAGUGUCACGUGCAGAGCAGGUGAAGCGAGCACUGAGCAAUCCGGUCUCAAAUGUCUAA